CUCAAAACUCUUAUAAAUAGCUGCCCCUUCCCCACUCAACAAAACCCUUCCUUCUCAUACAACACCAAACUUAAGAAAGAAAACACUUUCUCUAGAAAAAAAAAUGUCAGCCAGCAGCAAGAUCCGCCACAUUGUGAGGCUCCGACAAAUGCUACAACGCUGGAGGAAGAAGGCCGCCACAACGUCCCGUCGCCGCGUCCCGACCGACGUGCCAUCGGGUCACAUAGCUGUCAUGGUGGGCCCCAAUUACAAGAGGUUUGUAGUCCGUGCAACCUAUUUGAACCAUCCAAUGUUCAAGAAAUUGUUGUCACAAGCAGAAGAAGUGUAUGGUUUUACUAACAAUGGGCCUUUGGCUAUUCCUUGUGACGAGUGUUUGUUUGAAGAGUUACUUCAUCACUUGGCUCGAUUCAACUCCUCUAACAACAAUACGUCGUUGUUCAUGCGCUUUGAUGAUUUUCAGAGAUAUUGUCACUUGGAUGUUCGAAAUAACCUUGAUUUCUGGGGCGAUUCUAGACCCCUUUUGCAUAAUAAGUCUGUCUGGUAAUCUACGAGAGACGGAUCAAGAUUUUAAGCCAAUGGAUACAGACACCUAUAGGUAAAGUUUUAGUACAAAACGACAAUUUUUUUCUCAAUAUAUUAACUCUCCAAAACAAGUGGAUCAUCUGUCUAGACCUACAACUUAAAUUUCUGUUAUGAGAAUGUGAUUGGAGAUCGCAAGAAAAUGGACGAGUUGAUUAGCCAGAGAGUCGUCCCAGGUUUUGAAUUGGAAAUACAUUCAAGAACAGAGAAACGAGAAAAGAGACGAGCAAUAAUUAAUGUUGUACAUAUUUUUUGCACUUAUUAGUUUUCUAAAGAUCGAUUAUUGUUGACAGUUAAACGGAAAUUGUACAGAAACUAGAAGCGUGUCUGUUCGUUACCAUUAAUAUAAUGUUUUUUUUGGAUGAAAUAUGAUAAUUUAUAUGA